AAAAAAAAGAGAGACAAAAGAGAUUAUUAUCUCGAAAAACCCUAAAACACACACUUCUCUGUUCACUGAAGAAACACCCUAAAACCUCGGCGUCGCUCUUCUUUCUCUCUCCUCUGUUUCUCUCUCAUCGUUGCCACGACCGACGGGAGGGCUCGCCGGCCCUCUCUUCGAUGAUCUCUUCGCGUCGCUUAUCUCUCGAGGUGUUCUCUGAAGGAGCAACUUGUUACCCGUGAGCUUGGAAAUCUAGACCGUGUUUUAAAGCCCUGUAGUUCCUCACAAUGAUUGCCACCAAAACCUUACUACCGGAGAAAAAGCUGAAGAUUAGAUUUACCAGUAAAAGAAUAGAAUCUGAUACUGGGAUACGGUCAUGCAACGCAGGGCAGCAAGUGUCACUGGGCAAUGACUACACAGUGGCAAAAACUUGUGUCCCCAGUGCUAACAAGCGUGGGCCAGAAUGGGUGACUGAGGGACCGAAAGAGAAGAAGCAGAAGAUUGAUCGCAGUGCGAUGGUGCAGUGUUCUACAAUUCUGAAAAAGCUGAUGUCUCAUGAAGCUGGUUGGGUUUUCAACACGCCAGUUGAUCCUGUUGCAUUGAACAUUCCUGAUUAUUUUUCAGUUAUCUCUGAACCCAUGGACUUGGGCACAGUAAGAUCUAAGCUGGAAAAAAAUAUGUACUCUGGCGUUGAAGAGUUUGCAGCUGAUAUCAGAUUGACGUUUUCCAAUGCCAUGCUCUAUAACCCUCCUGCCAAUCAUGUUCAUCAGAUGGCAAAGAAGUUAAACCAGAUCUUUGAGAUGAGGUGGAAACUUUUGGAGGAAAAGUGUGAAGGUUCAAAGGUUGGUUCAGGAAAAUCUUCAAGUGGGAAGAUCAAGAAAGUCACUCAUAUGACAGAAAAGAAUGAGAAGACAGAUUCCUUGGGUAAUAGGUCAGUGCCCAAGAGGCCAAUUCUGUCUAAAGAGAAGGUUGGAAGGCGUUCUUUUGAGGCAAGUGAUACUGAAGAAGUAGAACAUUCUAAAGCACCGUACAACUUCAUAGUAAAGUUAAGGAAGAGUGCCGAUAAAGGCACUGAUAAUAUCGGUACACAAUCUAGUUGCCCUGUUAAUGCAAAACGGCCAUCCAGUCCAACUCUCAGGAGAUGUGAUUCGUGUUGCAGCAUUGCAUGUGCAUGCAGCCUAUCUAAUGAUUCAGCUCAUGUUUCUUCAAGUGAUAUGUCGUCUGACCAAUCAUUGGGAAGAGAUGAUCCUGCGUGUAGUGAGGCCUCCAGAAUGGAUUAUCGAACCAAAAGCAUGUCUACCUCCCGAAUCAGCAAUUCUGAUCCAGAUUCUGAUGGGGCAUUAAGCGCUUUUGAUGAAGAAAACACAUGCCGUAGCUCCCAGGUUAUUGCUCCUGUGGCAAAUGCUGCUUCUAGGGAAGGUCGGAAUACUCCUUUGGAUGUUCAAUUAUCACCGCAAAAGGCGCUCCGUGCUGCAAUGCUAAAGUGCCGCUUUGCUGAUACUAUCUUAAAAGCACAACAGAAAACACUCCUGAAUCAUGGUGAUAGAAAUGAUCCAGAGAAGUUGAAGCAGGAGAAGGAAAGGUUGGAAAGGACGCAACGUGAAGAGAAAGCAAGGAUUGAAGCUCAAAUAAGAGCUGCAGAAGCUGCCUCAAGAUUGAAGGCUGAAACUGAGCUGAAGCAGCAACGAGAAAGAGAAAGAGAAGCCGCUCGAGUUGCACUUGAGAAGAUGGAGAAAACCAUUGAAAUUGGACAAAACCUGGAGGUUCUAAAGGAACUUGAAACGUUGUGUGGGUUCGCUCCAUCAUAUCAUCUUCUCAAUAGAGACAAGGGCCGUGAAGUAUUAAUGGUAUCUUCUUGGCCGGCCGACAUGCGAUCUCCAUUGGAGGAGCUAGGUCUGUUUAUAAAGGACGAAUAUGUGCGAGAUGAGGAUGAAACUGAAGAGGCUAUUCUGAACGUUGAUGGAGAGGAAGGAGAAAUUUUUGAUAGAGAUGUUUAGUCUGCCCUUCUGUUUCAUCAUCUUGAUGGGCGACUUAAUAGUUGGUAUCUUAUAUUUGGUCUUGUUUCUUUUUUCCAGCUCAACUUGUUUAUAUCAUUAUUAUGAGAGGGGGAAAGGGACUUUGUAAAUGACGUUUUUGGGCGACUUAAUAGGAGUGUCGAUGCAUGAAAUUCUGACCUAUCUUUAGGUGCAAAAAAAUGUUGAACAAUACUUUUAGUGCAUUGAAGGGGUUGCAUUUUCAAUCUGAUCGUUAA